GGUCGCGUUGCCCAGGUUUUCCUGGCUGUCAGUCUCCCAGCGUCCCCAGCUUUCCAGGUAGGGACGACCCCUCCCACGCAGCGCAGUUCGGGCGGGUGGGAAGGAGGGGCUGGGCUCCGAGCGCCCGCCCCUCCAUCUAUCACAUGGCCGGAGAGCCACAAAAACAACAGCUUUGGCCAAGACCGUGACUUCAGGAAGGGGAAAGCAGUGUUCUCGCAGCCAGCCCCCACCCCAUGGAGGAGAGUUUUCUUGAAUCCUUUGGGAGGCUGAGCCUCCGGCAGCAGCAGCAGCCGCCUCGGCCGCCCGCCCCGCCGCCCCCGCGUGGGACACCUCCGCGCCGCCACAGCUUUCGGAAACACCUCUACCUCCUGCGAGGCCUCCCGGGCUCGGGGAAAACUACGCUGGCCAGGGACGACUGGUGUGAGCACUUCCCUGGGAGUCUGAAGAUUGUGCCUUUAGAUUCUCUUCAUCACAAAAUAGUUGGUGACUUUGGGCAAUCACCUGCCUUUAAUUCUUUUUACUUUCCUUUACAUGUGAAUACUGAGAAGGAAUUAGAUGAUUUACUGAAGAUCUUUCUAGCUCUUAAUUUCUAGUUGUCAGACUUAAAAAUGUUUUCUUAAUAAUGGCUAGGUAGGGAGCUCUGACCUUUGAGUCAAUUUAUGGCUUCUUUUUUUUUCUUUCUUUGCCUGUGCCCCACGGCUUGUGGGACCUUAGUUCCCCAACCAGGGAUUGAACCCGCACCCCCUGCACUGGAAGUGCGGAGUCUUAACCACUGGACUGCCAGGGAGGUCCAAGCUCUGCCACUGACUCAAUAUGAUCUCAACUCCUCUGCACCUCAGUUUCCUUCCCUUUUAAAUAGGGCUAUCUGCUCUGUCUACUUCAGAGGACUCUUGUGAGGAUUAAAUGUGUAUGAGAGAACUUGUUAAACUUUAAAGUGCUGUAUAAAUUUUAAGAGGCAUUAGUUACUGCCGAAGAUGUUGAUCAGCAGAGAUAAUCUUCAAGGUGUUCUUAGGGAGAAGUCUGGCUCUGAAGUGAAGGAGGCAGCUGGGAGUUGACAUUGUGAGUUCUGUUAAUAGGCUGGGCAUUGGCAGUUCUGAGAGCACAGGACUUUGGCCCUGCUUUGGGGUGUGUUGUGCAUUUACAUGGAAAUCAGGAAAGUAGGCAAGGAUACAGUCCACAGCUCAGCGAGGAGAGAGGUCUGCAGGGAGGAUGCAAGGUGUAGUGGGUGUGACAGGCCAUGUCCUUCAAGGAGCUGCCUUCCCCACUUUUUUGUUGGGGGGUCAGGUUGGGGAGAGAAGGAGAAUGGCAAAUUAUUAAAAAAUACAUGUGUAAGAAAAUAGUAAAACUGUAAGCCUAUCUUAUGUAUUUUUGGAUUCUGGGAAAUUCAUAUUUUCAUUAUUCUAUGUAUUUUCCAAAUUUUCCAUAAUGGACAUGUAUUUCUUGGAUCAGAAAAAUAAAACUUUUUUUUCUAUAAAAUUUGGAAAUCGUUUUUACAAAUGCGGGUUCAGCUUUUUUCUGCUUAACUUUUGUUUCUCAUUUGAUUAAAGAAUUAAAAAUGUUUUUGAAAUUAGAAUAUGUCUGGUCUUCCAAAUCAAUGUUAUAUUUCUAUGCUUUUCACCUAUAUGUUUUCAGUUUGCAGGGACUGGAAUGUGGAAACCAUCUAUUUAAAUUCUUUGGACAGGUUAAAAAAAGCAGUUAGAGUUGUAUCUAGUUUAAAAUUUUUAAGUACAUCAGAGUACUAAAAAUUUAGCUUGUCCCUUAUAUGUGUUUUGUCACCUCUGUUUCAUUUAAAAAGCGUUUCAAAAAUAGGUUCUUACCAUUGACCUGUAAGUCCUGCUUCCAGGAAUUCAUCCUAAGACAGUAACUGGACAAGUGCAUGAGGAUAGAGGGAUGUUCAGCAGAGUUUUUGAUGUGAUAGAAAAAAAUAUGAAAAAGAAAAAAAUGUGAGCCAACUUAAGUGUACAAAAAUAGAGGAUUGGCUUAUAAGUCAUGAGUCAUUAGUGAGAACAUAGAUGUACAUUUGACUACAAAUAAAUACACAAAAAUCCCAUUUUCUGUUCAAAGAAAUGUGUAAAAAGAUAUUGUUCAUAGUGUUAACGCAAGUUAGUGUGCCGGACGCACAGUGAGGCCAAACAAACUGAAACGUUGGAGUUUGGAACAGAGGAAGGUUUAUUGGAAGCCCAUGCAAAAAGAGGUGGCUCAUGCCCUAAAAAGUCCUGAGCUUCCAGAAGGGCUUCGGCAAUGCACUUUUAAAAGCCAGGUGGAGGGGGCGGGUCGCAGGGUUUGUGAUCAGCUUGUGCACGGUUCUCUGAUUGGCUGAUGGUGAGGUAGCAGGGUGGUAUCACAGGGAGGCCUGGAGCUGUGUGUUUAUGGUCAUCAAGUAGUUAACGUCUUGCAUUUGUUGGAGAGGGGAGUUUUUUACAUCUGCAAGACAACUCAGGAAAUGUGUGUCAAAUACUAUUAUCUAGAUAGUUCAGAGAGGAGCCAAAGCAGAGGAUAUGGAGGAAGGCCUGUCCCAGGAAUGCCUCCAUGGGGUCCUGCUAGGUUACAAUAGUUGUUGAUUUUUAGGCAGUGGGAUGGAAUAUAGACUUUUGCCCCUGAGUUAUUUUCUCAUUUUUUCUACAACAAAUACAUAUUGUUAACUUUUUAAAGGUGAAAAUAACUUUUUAAGUUAGCUGCAAAUAGUUUUAUUCAGUAACUUGGCUCGGUAGACCUAGGUUGUGUGAUGAAGCAUUUAUUAAAUAACCAAGUAAAUAUGUCAUUUUCUAUAUAAAAAGGCUUUCCUAGGUUUAUUCUUGAUUGGACAUACUAGAAAGCUUUUUUAAUCUGUAAGGAGACUGAUUUUAAUUAUUUGGUGCUAUUAUUUAAUAUUUUAUUAAUUAGCAUAUGAACUAGCAUAGGUCACUUAAUUGAACACUUCAGGUUCUUCAUUAAAAUGAAGCUAAUAUUCCAUUAGUAAGUUUAUUGUGAGGAUUUAAGGUACUGUGGUCAACAAGGAUCCUAUGCUUAUGAAUGUGAAAGCACCAAUGAAUGUGUGGGCCAUAUAAAUACCAACUAUUGUUAAUUUUUCACUAGUCAACAAUAGUAGUAUUUACUGAGUACUUAUAAGACUGUUAGCACUUGCUUAGUAAGGUAUAUACAAAAUAAGAUUAAGAGAAGGAGCCUACACAAGACCAACAAAUGGAAGACAAUAACCAGUACACUGCUGUGGGUAAGUAAAGUCUCAUGGGGAAUAGCCUGUUCUUUGCUGGUGGUGUUCAAGGCCAGGGGAGUCACUGAGCAUGGUUAGGAAGAUAGGAUAAUUAGGGAAGAGCUAGUCUCCUCCAUGUGGAGAUGAUUCUUGACCUGGCCUUGAAGACCAGGAGGAUGUGACUGCACGAAGGAAGAGGAUUACUAUCAUGAAUAAGGAGAUGGAGAUGGGAAAGAGCUGGAUGUUCUAGGCUCAUGAGGAGCAUGGUUUUACUGCAGUGGGUUGUUUAUAUUAGUGAGUGUGUUGGUUAGGUACACCCAGGGCCAGAUCAUGGAGAACGUUAAAAUCUGGAUAAAGGAGUACAGGGUUGAGAGAAGAAACAGGAUUCCUGUCCUAAGACCCUUUCACUCUCAGCACGUGAUCCAGAACUAUUUCUUUUUCCACAGCUGAACUGAUAAACUCACUUGGAUCUGCACUUGUUCUGUCCUCCAGCUUCAGUGAAAACAUCUGUGGAUGUCUGUUUACCUCUGUGCUUUCUUCUGUGCGUGUGUGGACAUUUUAACUGCUUUUAAGUGUCCAAUUAACUGGUAUUAAUUACAUGAUGUGCAACCAUCUCCACUACCUUUUUAAAAAAAAUUUUAUCACCACAAACAGAAACUCUGUACCCAUUAAGCAAUAACUGCUCAUCCUCCCGCCCUCGCCUCAGCCCCUGGUAACCUCUGAUCUACUUUCUGUCUCCAUGUAUUUGCCUACUCUAGAUACCUCAUGUAAGUGGAAUCAUACAGUAUUUGUCCUUUCGUGUCUGGCUUAGCUUAAUGUUUUCAGGCUUCAUCCAUGUUGUAGCAUAUGUCAGAACCUCAUUACUUCGUGGCUGAAUAGCAUUCUCUUGCAUGGAUAUACCACUAAAUUGUCCUUUUGAAAUGAAAUGAAAUGGCAAUAGUAUAGUCUUUUUUUUUUUCUUAAUGACGUUAUUUGAAAAAUUAAAAGUUGUCAACCUUAUGUCAGUCCCCGGAAUGUUUUUGAAUCUUUACAUAUCAAUCAAAGUCUGGGGGCCACACUCUAGGACAUAUGUCCUUUGCAAUGUGCUAGUUUGUUUUGGCACCAUCAAAAACGGUUUGUAACAUGGAUUCGGUAGGUUCAAAGGAUGUUCACUGACAGCUGUCUUUUCUCCUCAUUUUUAUCUCUGGACAACAUGGAAUUUUCCAUCAAAAGAAAUACCUUUUCAUUAUUUCUUGG